UUUUUUCCCCAUGGUCUUCCGGUUCCAGUGUGCGGUCCUCGCAGCUCGGUCUUGCAACAGGGCGCCCCUUGCGCUCCACUAUUGGAGUCGGCAGAGGACGGUAUCAUCCUGUCAGAAAGGAAGCCCGGGAGUCCAGUCCAGGACCCUCCCCACCCACCCAGGAAUGCGGUGACACAGAGCCCAAGUCCUCACCUAUGCUCUCUCAUGUGCAGAAAAUGUGCAUCACGGGCCCCUGCCCUGCCUUUCUCACAAGAUGACUGAGUCUCUGCUUGCUCAAGACCCCAGCUGUUUUCGAGAGGAUGACUGAGAAGACGACGCUAGAGCUCUUGGGUUGCCAAGCACCUAUUCCCAGAUCAACUGUGCAAACCCAGCAGUUUCCCAUUUGUAGCAAAGAGAAGAGCUGUGGACCAUCAAGAGAGAAGUCAUCCAAGGACUCUGGUCAGGAGGCAGUGACCUUUGAGGAUGUGGCUGUGUGCUUCACCAUGGAAGAGUGGGCUUUGUUAUACCCUUCACAAAAGAAGCUCUACAGAAAUGUGAUGAGGGAAACCUUUAGGAACAUGGCUGCUGUAGGAAAAGCCUGGAAUAACUGGGAAGCUGAAGAAGAGUACAAAAAUCACUGGAGAAAUCUAAGAAAUAAAGCUUGGAAUCAAUAUAAGGAAAUACUCCUUUGGACUCCAAAUGCUACUGUGGAUAUGAAACAAGAUAGUUUAAAAUCAGCUGAAAGCAUUGCUUCCAGAAAGCCCCAAAUUGGGCCUUUGUCCCUAAAUGUGCCCAUCAUAGCUCACAUCACACCGAGGCCGUGUGAGUAUUUGGGAUCAGAAGAGAAGCUGCAUAACUGUAACAAACAUGAAAGAAUGUGCUGUAAUUUCCAGUCCUUUCAGCAACAGGCAAGGACAAAGGGAGGGAAACCCUACAGAUAUUACCAGUGUGAGAAAUCCUACUCUGAUCUUAGUGGAAGAACUAUCCUUAGAGAGAAAACCUUUCUAUAUAAAAACAAUUUGAAAGUCUCCAGCACAGCCAAUGAUGUUCAGAUCUAUGUAAGAAAUCACAGUGGAGCAAAACUCUAUAUAUGUAAGCAAUGUGGGAAAUCUUUCACCAGACAUAGUACAUGUAAAGUACAUGAAAGAAUUCACACAGGGAAGAAGCCCUAUGUAUGUAAGCAGUGUGGGAAAGGUUUUGGCACAUGCAGUGCUGCUCAGAUACAUGAACGAAGUCACACUGGAGAGAAACCCUAUGUAUGUAAUCAGUGUGGAAAAGCAUUCAGUACCCAGAGUUACUGUAAAAUACAUGAAAGGAGACACAGUGGGGAGAAACCCUAUUUAUGUAAGCAAUGUGGGAAAUCUUUCACCAGACAUGGUGCAUGUAAAGUACAUGAAAGAAUUCACACAGGGAAGAAGCCCUAUGUAUGUAAGCAGUGUGGGAAAGGUUUUGGCACACGCAGUGCUGCUCAGAUACAUGAACGAAGUCACACUGGAGAGAAACCCUACGUAUGUAAUCAGUGUGGAAAAGCAUUCAGUACUCAGAGUUACUGUAAAAUACAUGAAAGGAGACACAGUGGGGAGAAACCCUACUUAUGUAAGCAAUGUGGGAAAGCUUUCAGCACACGUGGGUAUUGUCAAGUACAUGAAAAAACUCACACUGGGAAGAAACCCUACGUAUGUAAGCAAUGUGGGAAAGCUUUUAGCAAUUGUAGUGCAUGUAUCAUACAUGAAAGAAAUCACACUGGAGAGAAACCCUAUGUAUGUAAGCAGUGUGGGAAAGCUUUCAGUGCACAGUCUUAUUGUAAAAUGCAUGAAAGAACUCACACUGGGGAGAAACCUUAUGUGUGUAAGCAAUGUGGAAAAGCUUUCAGCAGGCGUAGGACAUGUAACAUCCAUGAAAGAAAUCACACUGGGGAGAAACCGUAUGUGUGUAAGCAGUGUGGGAAAGCUUUUGGCAGACAGAGUCAUUGCCAAAGACAUGAACAAACUCACACUGGUAAGAAACCCUAUACUUGUAAGAAAUGUGGGAAAGCUUUCAGCACACGUGGCUCUUGUCAAAAACAUGAAAGAACUCACACUGGGGAGAAACCAUAUGUAUGUAACCAGUGUGGAAAAGCUUUCAGCUCAGAGGGUUAUUGUAAAAUACAUGAAAAGAAUCACACUGGGGAGAAACCCUAUAUAUGUAAGCAAUGUGGGAAAGCUUUCAGCACACACUUUUAUUGUGAAAGACAUGAGCGAACUCACAGUGGAGAAAAACCCUAUGCAUGUAAAUUAUGUGGGAAAUGUUUCAGCACACGUUGUGCUUCUCAGAUACAUGAAAGAAUUCACACUGGGGAGAAACCGUAUGUAUGUAAGCAGUGUGGGAAAGCUUUUAGCACACACUUUUAUUGUGAAAGCCAUGAACGAACUCACAGUGGACAAAAACCCUAUGUGUGUAAAUUAUGUGGGAAAGCUUUCAGCACACGUGCCUCUUGUCAUAGACAUGAAAGAAAUCACACUGGGGAGAAACCGUAUGUAUGUAACCAGUGUGGAAAAGCUUUCAGCACACAGAGUAAUUGUAAAAUACAUGAAAGAAUUCACACUGGGGAGAAACCCUAUGUAUGUAAAUUAUGUGGGAAAGGUUACAACGCAAAGUAUGAUUGUGAAGUACAUGAAAGAACUCACACUGGGGAAAAACCGUAUGUAUGCAAGCAAUGUGGGAAAGCUUUCAACUCAAAGUAUUAUUGUAUAAAACAUGAAAGAAAUCAUACUAAGGAGAAAUCUUAGGUAGGUUAGCAAGGUGAGAAAACAAUCAGUACAUGUCAAACUCAUGAAAGAACUCAUACUGCAGGGAAAUACUGCUCAUUAGCAAGGUGGGAAAGAUCUCAGCAUACACAGGUAUUACAAAAUACAUGAGGUCUCAUUGGGGAGAAGCUUUAUGUUAGCCUAUUUUGAGAAUACUGUGAAACUUUCUCAUGUGGUGGAGACUAGCAGAAAUAACCAAUACAAAGUUGUCUUCACAGAACGGGGCGUGGGGGUACAUGCCUGGAAGCCUAGCACUCGGCAGGCUGAGGCAGGUGGAUUAUUGGAAGUUUAAGACCAGCCUGGGCUACCAAGUGAGGCCAUGGCCAGCUUAAACCCUGUCUCAAAAAGACAAAUUUUUGUCUUCAUAAAUUUUCCAGAAAAUGCAAUUCUAGAAGGAGAUAUUUUAUUUUUUUUCAGAUGGAGAUAUUUUAAAGUACAUAGCUUUUUCCCCCAGUAAACUGCUUAUAAAUAUCUGGAUUAUGUGUUUGUAUUGUUUCAUAUAAAAACUUUAAGUUAACAUUUAUGUAUUUUUGUGUUAGUGUCUUUGGGCUUACAAAAAAUACAGUGUCUUUUAAUUAAAUAUGAAGAAUUGAAAUACACUUUUUACUUUUAAAGAUAGUUCAUGUUUAUGUAGUUUUUGUUUUGUCUUUAAAAUUAGGAGGUAGGGGCUGGGGAUUUAGCUCAGCGGCAUAAGCGCCUGCCUUGCAAGCACGUAGUUGUGAGUUUGAUCCCUGGUACCAAAAAAUAAAAAUAGGAGUUACAGGUCACUAAAAAACUUAUUUUUGUUAAUGAUUAUUUGUUAAUCAUUGGAGUUUUGCCACAACAUUUUAAAACUUUUUCAUGUAGACUUCUGUGUAAUGAAAGAUGUUUUUGAAUUUGAUGCUAUAUUUUAUGUUGAUAUUUUCAGAGAUUUAUGGACUUGUGUUUUUGAUAAAGUUGAAUUGAUUUCACACAACUUAGCAAUUGUUUUUUUUUUGCAGUGUUGUUUUAUAUAUUCUGAUAAGAUACUGUUUAUUAUGUACAUAACAUGACCGGCGCAGCCCCCCAAUGAGACAGGAGACGCUCUUGUGGGCGACAGUUAACUGCUGCUUUAUUUAUGCGGGCUCUGGUUUAUAUAUUUGGCCAUGACCAAUCACAGGCUGCCACGAGGAAGCAGGGCGGGAAUGGGACGCAGGCUCUGGCUACUAUAUCCAGCUGUGGCCAAUCAGGGGUUGCCACAGAGUACGGAGUGAGCACGGGGUGCGCACGGGUUGGCUAAUUUAAAGAGGGACGUAGCGCAUUGCCGAAGAUGGCGUGGUCCUUAGUCCCAGGUGGGGUAUGGUAUGUUGAGCGUCUGCACCCAACAAUAACAUUGCCUAUUUUUCUUGUUCUUCAGGCAUUUACAUAAACUUUUAUCUUAUCAUGAAAUUUUAUUUUUCAUGUUUAUGUUGCAAACUUUUAAUUUAGUAGUAAUUUUUCCACCAAAUGCACCAAAAAUAAACCAUACUGUUGUGAGUUUCAAAUUGCCAUUGAACAGCAGGUCCAUAAAUAAGUCUCCAAAAGGAUACAGUGAAUUAUAGUAAUCUCUCCAGGAAAGAUAUGUGAUGGCAUGGCUUAUCAGUAACAAAACUUUUGAAGGAUUUUGUUAGAUGUGGAAUUAUUUUGGGGAGAAUGGUUGCUAUUGAAUCCAACAAGUCAAAUCCUAUUAUUCUAUUUCCUACUGCUAUGAUGUCAUUCUUCUUUGGUAAUGGGUAUUUUUCCUAAGAAGCCAAACUAAUGGCAUAAAGGAAAUCCUAAUUCAUGAGAGAUAUUCUUUUUUUUUAUUAAAAAAUGGAAUUUGCUACUUUAUAGCUUAGGUUGUGUUCUGUUUUACCAGUAUUUGAGAUAAAUUUAUACAAUGCCAUUUCUUGGUGUUCAUAAGGUCCACUGUCUGACAGUGGACACUGUCUGACAGUUUAUGUGACAGUUACCUUCAUACAUAAGAAACUGGACAGCAUGUGCGCAUGAAUCUCAGUUGGUCUUUGACCAGUUUUUUUUUACAAUUGUUUUAACACUGAAAUAUGUGUGAAAUGUUUUAUACAAUGGUCUUGAAUAAAACCCAAGCCAACAAAACAAUGGGAACAAUAUAGGACUCUCAAAACAAGAACAUAGGGAAUCAACAAUGGCUGCAGCCCUCAGAAGGAGACCCUCCUAGAUGCUACAAUGUAUACCUCUAUCCUCUGAACCUAUAAAUCAGACCACUGGCCCAGAUCUGCAAUGUUAGUGAAACACCAAAGCACCACAGGCAUCCAAUUGCAUUUCAUCUCGAUAGCUAUCAUCACAGCCUGUUUCUCCAGAUAAGCUGGUUGCUUACUUGGGGAGUGGGAAGAAGGCAUGGUUGCUACUUGUUUGCCAGCCAGAAUGCCAGAAGGGGCUGGGAUCUGGCUGUACUCAGCCUGGUGGCAGCCCGCACAUGGUGCUGGUCCUCAGAUGGGUCUCACUUCCUGGUGUGGCCUUGUUCUCUCUCCCUGCAGUACACAAAUGGUACUGACUCACAGGGAAAGGCUGGGGUAUGGUUGCCCUCAGUCUGGUGGUGGCCUGUGCAUAGUGAUGGCUCCCAGAUGGGGCUUGCUUCCUGGUAAAGCCUUGUUCUUGCAGUCCACAAAUGGCACUAAUUCGUGGGGAAAGGCUGCAAUCUGGGGGUGCCUAGUCUAUUGGCAGCACAGGCAUGGUGCUGUUUCCCAGGAGGGCAGGAAAUAGUCUUUUUAUGGUAAUUCUUUUUUUUUUUCAGAACAAAACAAUUUAAGUAACAUAGUAUUUCACCACAAGACAACUCGACAUAACAGUAGCUACCACAGUGUCUCUUUCCUUGAAAUAUUUGAGUAUACUUUCAUACACUAUAGUAUCAAACCUAACAAGACAGUAUAAAACCAUUCAAGAGAAUGAAAGUACUACAGGGUAUACAGAACCAACUAACAGAAAAUGAACAAUGGUUACUGUAUUAUUUCUUUGUCCAUAAAAACUUUAUUUAUACUAUCACAUAUAAUAAAUCCAAUAACACAACAUGAUAAAACCGAUGGAGGCAGAGCUAAAGCUUGGUAGGACUUCAAGGGAAUAUUAAAUCAGUACUAGCUAUUAUAAUGUCUUGUUUUCUUCAAAAUAGCUGUUCAUAUCACAGACAAUAAAAUCAAAUAAUCCAGAAUAAAACCAUUCCAACUAAUGAAUGAAAACGUAAGAUUUCAAAGCAUAUAGUGGGGAAUCAUGAUUACCAUAUACUUUUAUGUAUUCUAACCAUUUCUUACACUACGGAAACUAUACAGUAUUUAUACAUGUGAGUUUGAUUUAUUUCACUGAUGAGUAUGGUCUCAAGCUGUGUCCAUUUAUUUAUAAAUAUCUCAAUGUGUUCCUUCUUUACAGCUGAGUAGUAAUCCAUUGUAUAAAAAUACCACAACUUUUUUAUCCAUUCCUUACUUGAUGGACACUUAGGUUGUUUCCAAAAUCUGGCUAUUACAAAUUGUGCUGCUAUAAAUACGGGUGCACAUAUAUCACUGUGGUAUGAUGUUUUCAGUUUUUCUGGGAAUAUGCCUAGAAGUGGAAUAGCUGGAACAAAUGGGACUUCCAAUGCCAGCUUUUUGAGGAAUCUCCAGACUGACCUCCACAGUGGUUGCACCAGUCUACAUUCCCACCAACCGUGCAGGAGUGUUCCUUUUUCCCCACAAUCUCUCCAGCGUUUGUUGGUAGUUUUCUUGAUCCUGGCCAUUCUUUCAGGAGUGAGAUGGAAUAUCAGUGUGGUUUUAAUUUGCAUUUCUCUAAUGAGUAAUGAUGAACAUUUUUUCAUGUAUUUAUUUGCCAUUUGUAUUUCUUGCUCUGAGAACUGUAUUCAUCUCUGAUGCCCAUUUUUGGAUUGGAUCUUUGAAUUUUGGGAGUCUGAUUUUUUAAAAUUCUUUAUAUGUUUUAGACAGAAGACCUUUGUCUGAGGGACAGUUCACCAAAAUUUUUUCCUAGUUUGUGGGUUUUCUUUUCACUAUGCUGGAGAUUUGAUAUGCAGAAACUUUUUAAUAAGACAUGAUCCCAGUUAUUGAUUUUGGGAAGUAUUUCCCAUGUGGUUUGAUUCCUGUUCAUGAAUUCUCUACCUACCUCUAUGUCUUCAAGGUUUUUUACCCACUUUGUCUUCUAAUAGAUUUAGUGUUUCUGUUUUAAUAUUCAUACCUUUGAUCCAUUUAGAUUUUAGUUUCAUACAUGGUAAUAGGCAUGAGUCUAGUUUUAGUUUUCGGCAUAUGGAGAGCCAGUUUUUCCAACACGAUUUAUUAAAGAGACUUGUUUGUCCAGUGAACAUGUUUGGCCCCUUUAUCAAAGAUAAGGUGGUUGAGUGUGUUUGUAGUUGUGGUUGUAUCUUCUAAUCUAUCCCAUUGAUCUUCAGCUCUGUUUUUAUUCCAGUACCAUGUUGAUUUUAUUAUAGUAGCUUUGUAGUAUAACUUCAAGUCAGUGAUUGUGAUGCCUUGCCUUUGCUGCUUAGAACUCUCUUUGCUAUUCUGGGUCUCUUCUUGCUCCAGAUGAAUUUUAGGAGUGAUUACUCUAGAUCUAUGAGGUAUGUUGAUGGUAUUUUUAUUGGGAUUGCAUUGAAUCUGUAUAAUAGUUUUGGGAGAAUGGCCAUUUUCACAAUAUUUAUUCUCCCUAUCCAUAAGCAAGAGAUGUCUUUCCAUUUUCUGAGAUCCUCUUCAAUUUUGUUUUUCAGUGUAUUAUAAUUUUCCCUCUAUAGAUCUUUCACUUCUUUCGUGAAAAUAAUUCCUAAAUAUUUCAUUUUUUGGAUGCUAGUAUGAAGGAUGUGGCUUCUUUUAUUUCUCUCUCUGUGAUUUUGUUGUUAGUGUAUAGGAAUUCUGUUGAUUUUUGAGUAUUGAUUUUGUAUCCAGCUACAUUGCUGAACUUAUUUAUUAUAUCUAGGAGUCUUUCAAUGGAGUUUUGGGGGUCUUCUAUGUAGAGUAUCAUGUCAUCUGCAAGUGAUGGUAAUUUAACUUCCUCUUUUCCUAUCUUUACCUCUUUUAUUUCUCUCUCUUGUCUAAUUGCUCUGGCUAGUAUUUCCAGUACUGUAUUAAAUAGAAGCAGUGAUAAGGGACAUCCUUGUCUUGUGCCUGAUUUUAAGGUAAAGGCCUUCAGUUUUUGGCCAUUUAAUAUGAUAAUGGCUGUUGGUUUGUCAUAGAUGGCCUUUAUCAUAUUGAGAUAAAGACCAUCUAUUCCAAUUUUCUGUAAGGUUCUUAUCAUAAAUGAAUAUUGGACCUUAUCAAAGGCUUUUUCUGCAUCUAUAGAAAUGAUCAUGUGAUUCUUACUUUUGGCUUUAUUGAUAUGGUUGGUUACAUUUAUUGAUUUACAUAUGUUGAACCAUCCUUGCAUUCCUGGGAUGAAUCCCACUUGGUCAUGGUAUAUAAUCUUCUUGAUGAUUUGCUGCAUCCUAUUUGCCAAUAUUUUAUUGAGGGUUUUUGCAUCUGUGUUCAUUAGGGAGAUCGGUCUAUAGUUCUCUUUUUCAGUUGGGUCUUUCUCAGGUUUUGGUACUAGAGUAAUAUUUGCUUCCAGGAAUGACUUAGAAAGAAUUGCUUCCCUUUCAGUUUCAUUGAAGAGUUUGAAGAGUGUCAGCAUUAAGUCUUCUUUCACUUUCUUGUAGAAUUCCACAGUGAAUCAGUCUGAGCCUGGGCUCUUCUUUGUGGGUAAGGACUUAAUUACAUUUUCAAUUUCAUUAAUAGAAAUUGAGUUAUUCAGCAGUUUUACAUCUUCUUGACCUAGCUUUGGUACUUCAUAUAUUUCUAGGAAUCUGUCUAUCUCUUCUGUGUUAUCAAACCUAUGAAAGUAGAGGUUUUUGAAAUAGGUGUUGAUGAUCUUCUGUAUUUCCACAGAGUCUGUAGUGGUUUCGCCUUUUUCAUUCCUUAUUGCAUGAAUUUGAACUUUUUCUUCCCUCUUUUAAAUAAGAUUGUUUAAGGGCUCAUCAAUUUUGUUUAUUCCUUCAAGGAACCAACUCUUUAAUUUAUUGAUUCUUUGGAUUAUUUUCUUAGUCUCUAUUGCAUUGAUUUCUGCUCUUGAUUUUUAUAAUUUCCUCCCUUCUUUUGGCUUUGGGCUUGACUUGCUCUUCUUUUUCUAGCUGUUUGAGGUGUAGCAUCAAGUUAUUUGUUUGUAUUCGUUCUGUUUUCCUGAUGUGGGAACCCAGUGCAAUAAAUUUUCCUCUGAGGACAGCUUUCAUUGCAUCCCACAGAUUCUGUUAAGUUGUAUUUGUAUUUUCCUUUGCUGGUAGGUAUUGGUUAAUUUCUUCUUUAAUUUCCCCUGUGACCCACUGAUUGUUCAAGAGUGUGUUAUUCGAUUUCCAUGUUUUUGUGGGGUUUUUGUGGUUUCUUUUAUCAUUAAUUUCUAGUUUCAUGGCGCUAUGAUCCGGUAACAUACAAAGGAUAAUUUCAACUCCUUUGCAUGUAUUUAAAUACGUUCUGUGGACUAGUAUAUGGUCUGUUUUAGAGAAUGUCCCAUGUACUGCUGAGAAGAAUGUGUAUUCUGAUAUUGUUGGAUGGAACACUCUGUAUAUGUCUGUCAAGUCAAUUUGUUCACAGGUAUGGUUCGAUUCUGUUACUUCUUUGCUGAUUUUCUGUCUGGUCUAUCUGCCCCUUAGUGUCAAUGGUGUGUUAUGGUCUCCUGUUAUAAUUGUGUUAUUGCUAAUUUAAUUUUUCAUUUUUAUUAAUACUUGCUUUGUAUACCUGGGUGCUCUGGAUUUUGGUGCAUGUAUAUUGAAGAUUGUCAUCUCUUCCUCUUGAAAUUUUCCCCUAACCAAUAUGUAGUGACCUUCUUUAUCUCUUCUGAUCAUCCUGGGUUUUAAGUUCACAUUGUCUGUAAACAGAAUACCUACCCCUCCUUUGGGGGGGGGGUUUCCUGCUGCAUGAAGUAUUGUUUUCCAUCCUUUGACUUUCAGUCUGUAAGUAUCCUUUUGGGAUAGAUAGGUUUCUUGCAGACAGCUAUCUUUCCAUUCUGUUUUAAAUUGUCUGCUUUGCUUAGUGGUUUUUUUCCUAAGUGUAUCUAAACUGUCUUUCAGUAUUCUUUGCAGGGUUGGCUUGGUGAUCAUAAAGUUCUUCAGCUGUUUUUUGUCAUGGAAAUAUCUUAUUUCUCCAUCUAUUUUGAAGGACAGUUUUGCAGGGUACAUCAUCUAGGUUGAAAAUCAUUUUCCUUUAGGAUCUGAAAUACUUCACUCCAUGCUCUUCUUGACUUUAUUUUUUGUGCUGAGAAGUCUGCAGUGAUUUUGAUAGGUUUUCCUUAAUAGGUGAUCUGUCUUUUCUCUCUGACAGCUUUUAACACUGUAUUCUUAUGUUGGAUUUAUUAUAUGUCUGGGUGUAGUUUUAUUUUGGUUAUGACUAUUUGGAGUUCUACAUGCUUCAUUGAUCUUGAUAUCAGUUUCCAAUCUCAUGUUUGGGAAAUUUUCAGCUAUUACUUCUCUAAAUAUUCUCUUGACAUCCUUUAUGUUGUUCCCUUCUUUUUCAUUUUUUCCUAUCAACCUUAUGUUGUUUUUCUUUGUGUAAUCUUGCAGGUGUUGAAUUGUUAUUUCCUAAUUUCUUGUUAUUUUUAAGAGAUCUUUCCUUUCCUGUUCAUUAGCUGAAAUCUUGUCUUCAAGGUCUCAAAUUCUAUCUUCACUUUUGUUGAGGUGGUUUGACAACUUUCAAUGGGAUUUUUGAUUUCCUGUAUAUCUCUUUGAAUCUGCUUCAUGUAUUCUGUUUAUUUCUUAUAAUAAUCCCUUAUUGUUCAUCCAGGGAUUCUUUUUGUUUUGUUCCUCUAAUUUUUUAACUGUGUUGUCUUUGGAUAUGUUCAGCAUCUCUUUCAUUUCUUUUAUCAUUUCUGCUUUUACCUGGGAGAUUAUUUCUAGUUUGUAUUCCUUUAAAGCCUCCCGGAGUUGCUUCUUUAUUUCAGUUGCUAUUAUUUCAGGUAUUUCAGGUGUACGGCAUAUAUUUUCUGCUAUGUACAUGGCUCCUAAGGUUUCUUGGGAUGGGCUAGAGGUUUGAGAUUGCAUUUUGGUCUUUCAUUUUGUCAUUUUCCUUAUUUCUGUGUUUCAAGUAUUGUUCCAAGGCUUCCCCUGGGCCUGUUGGAAAUCGUCUUCUUUGCCCUCAGCUCCUGGGACUCUGGCUGCCUGGUUCCCUGGAUUGAGAGAGCGUCACUGUGGGUGGUACCGGCAGGCCCAAGCCUAGCGGAGCCAGUCAAAUAUUGCAGGAAGCCAGAAAGUUCCCAGGCCAGAGGGGGCAAGGAUCCCAAACUCCCAGGGCUCGGGAUUGUGCAGGGACACUCACCUCCUGCUGCCCAGUUUCCAGAAUUGAGAGCACAGGCAGGCCCAGCACCACCACCACCCCAAGCUGGCCGAGCACAGCAGGAAGCCGGGAAGUUGGCGCAGGCAGCCUAAGACCUGAGGAGCCAGUCGAGUGUGGGAAGUUCCUUUGGGAGCUAUGAUCCCAAACUCCUGGGGCUCCUGGGACUCAGGAUGGAGCGCAGACACUCCUUUAUGGUAAUUCCCGUACAGCAGUCUCUCUCUCUGUCUGUCUGUCUGUCUGUCUGUCUGUCUGUCUCUCUCUCUCUCUCCAUAUAUAUAUAUAUAUAUAUAUAAUAUUUUUUAUAUAUCUGUAUGCCUCCGUUGUAGAGUAAAACAUAAUGCAAUAUGAGUAAUCAGGCAUUUCAUGUUCAGAAUAUAGAGACUUAACAAUGCUGUUGAUGGUGUCUUUGAUAGAAAAUAAAGUGGAAUGAUACAACAAAAAGUAUAUAAAAUUAACUUCUGCAUAGUUGUUAUCUUAUUUCUCCAUGGAUUUUGAAAGAUAGUUUUGUAGAAGACAUCAAUCUGUGUUAGAAGUUGUUUUCUUUCAGAACUUGAAAUACUCCAUGCUCUUCUUGACUUACUGGUUUGUGUUGAGAAGUCUGAUAGGCUUUCCCCUCAUAAGUUAUCUGUUUACUUUCUCUAUCAGCUUUUUAUAUUCUGUUCUUAUUGCUGAAUUUCUGAGAUCUUGAUUAUUAUAUGUCAUAGUGUAGAUUUAUUUUGGCUAUGGCUAAUUGGGGUCUGUGUGCCUUGCCAAUCUGUAUGUCUGGUUAUCUUCCCGUGAUUGGAAAAUUUUCUGCUUUCUGAAAAUAGUCUUGUGCUAUUUCACUUGUGUUGUCUCCUUUUUUGUUGACAUCUAUCUAUCUUAUAUUGCUUCUCUUUGCAUCAUCUUGCAGCCAUUGACUUACUUCCUGAAUCCUUGUUAUUUUUAAGAGAUCUUUCCUUUCAUGAUCACUACCCAAAUCCUUGUCUUCAAGGUCUGAGAGUCUAUCUUCAAUUUCAUUUAUGCAGAGUUGCCUGUUUUCAGUGGAAUUUUUUAUUUCCUUGGUAUCUCCUUGAAUCUGUUUCAUGUAUUCUAAUUGUUUCCUAUAUUUUUCAUUCAGGUUUUCCAUCGUUUUUUAUACGCUCCUGAUUUUUAAAAAAUCUGUGUCUUCUUUGGAUAUGCUCACCAAUUCUUUCAUCAUAUUUUAUCAUUUCUGUUUUUAUCUGAGAGAUUACUUCUGAUCUCAUUUCCUUUACAGCUUUCUGGAGUUGUUUAUUUCUGUUGUUUAUUUCUGGGAUGGAAGUUUUAGAUUGCAUUUUGUUCUUUCAUUUUGGCAUUUUCUUGUGUUCCACCAAUUCAGUUGGAUGCCAAGUCCUAGCUGCUUCCUGCACUGGUAGCCCAUUGAGCAGUGGGCCACAGUCAGGGUUGCUGAUGAUUGUGAGCCUCUGGGUGCAGACUCUUGGUCCCUGCAGGCCUCAGAGUUGGCUGCUGCAUGUGGAUAGAUUGCUGGAUGCAGCUUUGCAUCCCCAGGAGCCUCACUUACAGUUCCUGUGUGUGAAUGUGUCAUUGGUGUAGCUAUGGGCCUCACUGUGGGUUCCCAGGUGACUGCAGAUUCCUGGUCCCCAUGGGCCUCACAGAUGGUUCCUGGAUAUGGGCAUGUCGCUGAGUGCAGAUUCCCAAACCUCACUGGUCUGAGGGAGAGUUCCCAGAUGAUAGUAGGUCACUGGAUGGAGCUUCUCAGUCCCUAGGAGCUUCACCUACAGUUCCUGGGUAUGGGCGGGUCACUGGGCACAGCUUCCCAGUUCCUAUAGGCCUCUCUGUGAGUCUCCAGAUGACUAUAGGUUACUAGACACAGACUUCUGGUCUCUGCAGGCCUCAGAGAUAGUUCAUAGGUGUGGGAGGGUCACUGUGGGCAGGCUCUUAAACCUAUAUGGGCCUCUGGGAGAGUUUCUGGAUGACUGGAUCACUGGGUGCAGCUUCACAGUCCCCAGCCUCACUUAAUUCCUGGGUAUGUGCAGGUCACUGGGUGCAGCUUCCCAGUGUCUGGGCCUCACUGUGGGUACCUGAGUGCAUAAAUUUCAGUUUUUAAUAAGCAAAAUGAUAACUCUUACAAGUUAGGGUUUCAUUGAUGCAAUUAAAUCAGUUUAUUAGGUAAAAAAUAAUUAUUAAAGAUUGACAUCUCAGCUGCAAGGAAUACAGUAAAUCCAGUUGGCUAUGUAAACUCAAUAGCCAAAUAGUUUCCCUAGUGUAAGAAAUGAUAUAAAUACAUAAAAGUAUGUGGUAAUCAUGAUUCCCCAUUAUAUGGCUUUGAAGCCUUAUAAAGUUUUCACUCAUUAAUUGGAAUGGUUUUAUUCUGGGCUGUUUGAUUUUAUUGUCUGUGAUGAUAUGAACAGCUAUUUUGAAGACGACAAGACAUCAUAAUAGCUAGUGCUGAUUUAAUAUCUUGUUGAAGUCCCAUCAAACUUGUUCUGUCUUCAUUGGUUUUAUCAUGUUGUAUCUUAUUGGAUUUUAUUAUAUGUGAUAGUAUAAACAAAAGUUUUAUAGGCAAAGAUAAUAUAAAAACCAUUGCUCAUUUUCUGUUAGCUGGUUCUAAAUACUUUCAUCCUCUUGAAUGGUUUCACACUGUCUUGAUAUGUUUGAUGCUAUAGUGUAUGAAGUUAUACUCAAAUAUUUCAAGGAAAGAGACACCAUGAUAACUACUAUUAAGUCAGGUUAUCUUGUGGUGAAACACUGGGUUGCUUAAAUUGUUCUGUUCUGACCUGUAUUGUUAUGAUGUUAUGUCCUCUUUUAUUUCAAUCUGCCCCCCUUUUUAAAAAUUUAUUAUUUUUUAAUUAGGGGGAAAUUUUUUAAAAAUUAGCAGGAUAUAUUAUAGUAACUUAUUUGAUUUCCUGUUAACUUGAUUUGAAGCCCUGUAUUGCUCUCACCAUCUUGUUUUGACUGAUUUUAUUCUAUUCUGUUUUGUUUGAUAGUAUCAAGUUUGAGGGUAUAGGCAAUAAGAUUCACUAUGAUGCCCAUUCUGGUUUGACUGUUAUCUUCUUUUGAAGUCCUGUAAUAUCUCCAAUGUUUAGGUUUUACUGGUUUUGUUCUAUACUGUUUUGUUCAAUUUUAUUAUACCUGAUGAUAUAGGCAAUUAUUUUUAAAUUAGCAAGAGUCAUUAUGGUAUCCAUUGUUGAUUACUUUGUAUUCUGUUUUUACAUCAUGUACUCUGUACUAUGUCCAUCCUUUGUUUUGACUGACUGUGCUUUGUUUUAUCACAUUUGGUUUUAGUCUCUUCCAAAAAAAAAAAAAAGUAAUAAGAACUGUGGGAGUAAUAAAACCUAAAAUGUGUAAUUGUUAUUAUAAAAAAAAGAGAGGAAAAGAAAGUGCUCUAAAGGAUACAACUGCAAGUGUGUGUAGAUGUGUAGGAUAGAUGACCAUAUUACUAAGUUUUGUUGGAUCAUUGAACACAGCUGUUUGCAGUCUCACUGUUUGAAUGUCCACUUUGUAUGCUUUAAUCCUGUAACUUGAAAAACUAUUUCUAAAAUGACAAUAUAUAAUCUAUUAAUUAGUGAUUUCUUACUUUUUUUUGAAAUUCUAUAUUGUACCCUUUUACUGUUUUUUUUAAAUAAAAUUUAAAAAAAAUAAACUCAAUAGCAACCAUUCUCCCUAAAUUAACUGACAGAGUUGACGAUUCCUUUAAAAGUGGUUUUGCUAAUAAAUCAUCCCUCCAUGUAUAAAGACUGCUGCUUUGUGGGAACCAAAAGCCUACAGUUGUAUGUUUUAAUUUUUGGUACAUGUGGUGGGAAAAUUAUCACUAAAUGAAGUGGUAGCAAUAUAAACAUGAAAAGGAAAAAGUUAAGAUGAAAAAUUUUAUGUAAGAUUAAAAAAUUUUAUUUAAAUGCUAAUACUGGCUCCAAAAUGUAAGAAAAUUAGGCAAAAUUAGGUGCUAAUAGGCAGGUACCUUAUCAGGAAAUAAAUAACAUUUGCUAAUGUGCAAUUUGUGGAAAAACAACUCAUCUGUUUAAAAAUAUUCACAAAUCUCUGAAAAUAUAUCUUAAAAUAUAGCAUCAAAUUUAAAAAAAUCUUUUGUUACACUCAAUAUGAAGUAUAUGCACCCAAAAUUAAAACAAAUUGUAAAGGCAAAAUCUCAACAAUUAGAAAAAUUAGUAUUUUUAAUGCCCCAUACCUCCUAAUUUUACUUUUUUUGUUAUUUAUUUUAAUGAAAGCAUAAACAUUGUAUAUUAAUAUGGAAUGUCGGCAAACCCACUCUUCAUCCUUUAUUGUGUAAUGUGGCCCUUCCACCAAAUACUGUAGGAUUCUAUUACUGAACACUAAGAACAAGUUUCAUUUUGACUAAAAAGUAGUGAAACAGUAGCUGGUAAAAAUUUACCACUUAUACAUUAUUUUGGGGGAGUAACAAACGAGCACCGCAAUAUAGGUAACUGUAAACUCAAUUUUUAAGAUGUCCUAGCAGCCAACUAUUCCAUUUAACAUUUGUUACAUUUUUAAAAUUUAGUGACAGCCCCACUCAGCGACCUCAGAGUGGCCCCCAGCCACUUGCCUCCUGCUUCAUGAGCCAAAAGGGCAUGCAGCAAUUUCCAUCCCACAGGAGAAGCCUUGGCGUGUCACUCUGAGAGACUAUUAGGGCCCCACCCAGCAUCCCACAUCACCAGAGGACCCACAGGAAGAUCCCUCCAGGCCUGCUUGGGCCCUUCCCGGCGUCCCCUGAGUGGUGCACAGCCACCUGCACUCUGCCUCACAAGCUGAAAGGGCACACAGCAAUUUCCAUCUCCCAGGGAAGCCUUGGCGUGUCACUUUGAAACUGUUAGGGACCUGCCUGGUGACCCCAAGUGGCUGGUAGCCACCUUUUAAGGUGUGUCUAAGGACCCUUACCCAUCUGGGGAAACCCCCUGCAAUAGGGAUAGAUAUUCUCAACCCAAGAAACAACUGAGACCUGUCAAGUCAUUUGGCUUCCCUAAGGGAAUAUAGGAAAAUGACAAAACAAAAGAGCAAAAUGUACUCUCUAAUUUCAGCCCAUCCCAAGCAAGCCUAGGAGACAUGGACAGAAGGAAAUGUAAGCCAUACUCCUGAGACUCCUGAAAUGAUAGCAACUGAAGUAAAGAAACAACUUUUAGAUAUUAACAAUUUUUAGAUGUUAAUGUCUCAUAUUCACAUGGAUACAUAAAUAGAUAUCCUGAAGAUGGGUCACUGUAUAACUCAAAAUUUAUCAUUUUCAUAUAAACCUAUACCCAAUAACUAAGUACAAUUUCAUAUAUAUUCAUGAUGUUGAGCAUGAAUGAAUUUUUAUACUUAUUUAUAUUUUUUUACACUGUUACUUCGUUCCAUGGUAUCAGUAGUAACUCAGCUUCCUAUAUUGGAAUACAUCUUUAUUCAACUGUCAGAUUACACACACUUAACCUGCAUACACCUUUAGAGAACAUUUGUGAGAUUAAAUAAAUCUGAACAUGGUCUCAUUCUCUUCAUUGUCAUGCUUCUGCUCACAAACACUUGAGGAACCUUCCUUUUCCUCGUGACUGCAAAUUACCUUAGCAUUCUCCAGUAACUUUUGUACUCUUCUUCAAGUCUCCUGUUAUCACAGACUUUUCCUGAAGUGUACAAGCAGAAAUAACAAGUCACCACUUUAUUUCAUAAAAACCAAUAGAUCUCAUUUAGGUUUAUGAUAUAAUGUAACCAGGAUAGAGAUACUCUUCAAAAUGUUUUUACAUUCUAUUUAAUUACAUUCUAUUUAAUCAAAUUCACUCCUCCAAAGUGAAGUUCACAGCUACAUCCUCAAAAGUCACUGCCUCCUAAACGAUCAAACAUAUAUUUCUUAAAGAAAGGUUGAGACCCAUAGGUGAGAAUAUCUCAACUCUUCUCAUAAGAAGUUGAACUGAAAGCCAAGUGUUGUAGUGCUUAUCUGCAACUUUAGCCCUCAGAAGGCUGAGGCAGGGGGAUCCCUAUGAAUUUAAAACCAGUGUGGGGGGAGGUGAAGAGCUGAAGGCCGCCCGAUGUGCUCACUGAGACCCGUGCUGCACUGUACUAGGCACGCCCAGACAACCCAAAGUUGUGCUUAGAACGCAGCUGCUGAUAAUGGGAAUCCUGGGCCCUUAAUGCGAGGACGUGGCACAGUGAGCAGUGGAUCCAAGGGGAAGAGCUUUUUUGGCUCUUGGUGAGUGCUGCAAAUUGGGUCCCAGGGCCCCGCAAAGCAAAGCCACCUGGCUGCACUGGAGGAGACCGCAAGAGGACCAUACACCUGGGCACCAAAGCCAGGCACCGUGCAGUUUUCUGACCUAUCCGCACUGUGCAGGGAGUGCAGUGAAGACAUGCAGUGCAGUGGGGAGCGGACCCAAGAGGAAGAACUGCAUUGAUUCCCGAUGAGUGCUAGUCGCUGGCCGGAGGACAUCUUGGAGUUGGGCAGAGCCCGGUCCACGGUGAUGUCAGUCAGCCACCCCUGGUGCAGAGAGAACUGGCGGGAUCUGCUGGGGUGAAGCCACACCUCUGGUUGGAACCCAAUAAGCAGGUACAAAAUUGUCACAACACUGUGACGUCUACAAGGUACAGCCUAACUUGCGGAUUGACUGGCUCAGAAGCUGGAAGCUAGCCUGCACAGUCCCUGCAUCCCUGCAUGUACCUCAGAUAACAGCAAAUUGGGGAGGGCAGCAAAACCCCAGUCAGCAUGCUUUGGAAAGACCCUAAGCAAUACAAAGAGGGCCAGAGACCCCCAGGACAUACCAGUCUGAAGGAAACCAGAAACAUGACAAGAGAUAGAAAUUUUUAAAAAAUCUCCAGCUGCUGAACCUGGGAAAAUAAGCUCAGGAGAAGUAAACACAGAAGAGAACCAGCACAGUAACCAUCCAAUACUAGACACAGCAUCAGUGGACAUAAAGAAAUAUCUUCAUGAUCUCAUAGACAAAUUUAAAACUGUAUUUCUGAUCCAAGUAAGGCAAGAUAUAAAAAGAUUAAUUAAAGAAAUGAUAAGCCCCUCCCAAGAGAACACAGAUGGAAGAAUGGAGGAACUCAGAAAAGAAAGAGAAACCUUUGAUGAAGAAUUUAAACAUAAUCUAGAAUACAUGAAACAGAUUCAAAGAGAUUACCAGGAAACUAAAAACUCCAUUAAAAGCUGGCAAAAUGCCUUGACAGAAACUAAAGUUAGCCUUUUGAAACUUGAAGAGAAAUUUAUGAUAUAUGAUCGUGAAAGAAAAGAUCUCUUAAAAAUAACAAGGAACCAGAAAGAAACACUUCAAAGACUAGAAGACGACAAAAGAAUCUAUAACUUAAGAAUAAAACAUGUGAGCGAGGAAGCAGAGUAACCAAAAAUGAACUACAAAGACUAUUCACAGAAAUAAUUAGGAAAACUUCCCAAGCAUAGGAAAAAGAAAUGAUAUCCAGAUAAAUGAGGCAUACAGGACUCCAGCCACCUACAACCAAAACAGAUCUAUACCCAGACAUAUAAUCAAGAUUCCAGAAAUCCCCCACAAGAACAGAAUAUUAAAAGCAGCCAGGGAAAAGAAGCAGAUUACCUACAAUUGAAAAAUUAUCAAAAUAACAACAGGCUUACCAACACAAACUCUCAAAUUGAGAAGAGCCUGGGGGAAAUAGUCCAAGCCAUGAAAGAAAAUAAUCUUCAACCAAGACUGAUGUACACAGAAAAACUCUGUCUCAAAAUUAAUGGAGAAAUAAGAUGUUUCCAAGACAAGGAGGGACUGUGGGAGUUCAUGGCCACCAACCCAACCCUACAAAAAAUACUAAAGGACAUUCCAGAAAGAGAGAGAGAGAGGAAAAAAAUACCAGGAUUCCAGCAACAGUGGCAGAGAAGCCUCAAUGAACAAGGUAGACAGUGGAAUGAAGGAGUAAAGUGGACAAAUUAUAGCAGACAUGAGGCAGAGACAGUAGGCUAUAAUCUUUAAUAUAGAUAGCCUUGAUACACUAACAUUAAAAAAAACAAACAGGCAGAGUAGAUUGGGAGGCAGGUUCCAUCGAGAUGCUCUGAAUAGGAAAUACAUUCAACCCGAAAGAGGGUUAAUAAACUGAAAGUCGAAGACGAGAAAGCAAUGUUAUAUGUGACAGGAAACCAGAGAGAAAUAGGGACAACGCAUCCAGCAGCCGCAGAUGGAUUGGAAAGUCAUGACACUUUUGGGCAGUGUAGAACUACACAGCUGGAAGGAAGGAAAACCCUAUGACUUUAGUGAGUAAAGGAGUACAGCUCAAGAUCAAGCUCAGGGGUAAAAAGGUUCAGCAACACUCAGACGCGUAACAGGUUGGCCCCCUAAUCUAAAUAUUAAAGGGGCUAGUGGGACUCAAAAUGUACAAAGCAUCCUGAGAAGGGGAAAGAUGAAAAAUAGCCUAAAAAAGGAAGGCAGAGGUCAUUGUUAAUAGUGUAUCACGAUUUAAAAGUCACAGUAGUCUUAUCGCUCUGUCUAGUUUGAUUUUAUUUUGUUCCAGUCUGUCCACCCAUAUCAGAUUUGAGGGCACAGACAUCUAACCCAAAAAUAGCAGGUUAUAUCAUGGUAACUAUCCUUAAUUUCCUAUUAACUUAAACUGAAACCCCGUAUUACUUACAUUGUCUUACUAUGACUGAUCUUAUUUGAAUCUGGUUUGUUAGACCAUGGUUUUGCCUUGGCUGAUUUUAUUCAAAUUUGGUAUGCUUGAUAGUAUCAAGUCUAAAAGAGGCAACUACUCUGAAGAUGACAAGACAUAAAAGAUAUCCAUACUGGUUUUGAUUAUUAACCGCUUUCCAGUCCUACAAUGUCUUCAAAGUUGUGUUUUUAUAAAAAUAGCUAGGUAAUACUAUGCUUAACUAUAUUAAGCCUGAUGAUGUGGACAAGUCUAUUGAAAAUAACAAGAGAAAGUAUAGGAACUACAGUAGAUCACCUAAUAUUGUGGUCUUAUGUGUCAUUUUCAUUGCAUGUUUUUCUAGGAAUUUGUUUUGUUUUCUUGUUAUGAUCUGUUUUUCCCUAUAUACAGAGAGGGUAGAUAUACAUGUAGAAAUUCACACAUAGGAAGAAUUUUUUAAACUAUUUAUGGGAACAGAUUAUGUAAUGCAAGAUGUAAUGAACAGAUACUCUGAAGAAGAAGAGACACUAAGAAACCCAUGCUAAUUCUGUAGCAUUAUGAUGUAAAAUCUAGCAAUACUAUUAUUCACUGUUCAGAGUCAUAUUAGUCUAGUCUGUUAAGUUCAAUUUCAGCAUAUGUAAAGAUAAGGAUAGCUAUACGAAGAGAAUGAGAGACAUUAUGAUAGUCAUUAUUGACUUCUCCAAUGUCAGGUCUUGAAGACCUAAAAAACCUUCAUUGUCCUGUAAUGAUUUGAUUCCAAAACAGAAAACAUAGUGUAAAGGAAUAGCUCUCAAAUCUUUUUUCUUUUCUUUUUCUUUUUUUUCUUUGUCAAGGUCACUACACACAUGGCAACUAUAAACUCUUUUGUUGAGGUUUGUUUAAGGAUGAAUAUUUUCUUACAAAACACAAAAAAUGAUUCGUCAGUAUUAGAAUCAAGAGUGUAACAGUGUUCUUAUGAAGUAGGAAUAUCAUGAACAUUUUGGGAAAGAAACUGCAUCUUUAAAAAUAUAUUUUAUUAGAAGACUGAAUUUUGUCAACUUUUGUACAUACUUCUAAUGUCACCCUUAACAGGAGUUAACAAACGAACAUUCUCCUACUUGGGUCAAGCUGUGCCACUAUUCCGUUUUGUACAAGAAAACUGUCCUCACAUAUCAUUGUAAGGGAAAGGCUUUAAGAAUAAUGAGAAAUAGUUACAAACAUUUAUAUACCCCCCUCUAUAAAACCCUAUCAACAAUGGGAUGGGAAUUUAGCUCAGUGGCAUAAGUGCCUGCCUGCAAGUGUGAAGUCGUUUGAUCCCUGGUACCAAAACAAAACAAAAACAACUUUAUCAAGAAAUUCUUUAAAGAUCUACAACACAGUCAUAGAAAAAAACAUGCAUGGAUGGAACCUGACAAUGAGGCACGGUGCCCAUGCCCGUAAUCUCAGCAGUUGAAUGGGUUGAAAAAGAACCAGAGACGUUGUGGCCAACCUGUGCUGCAGAGUGAUUUAGAGGUCACCAGGACCACAUAGGGAAGGAACUCCUGUUUGAAAACACAAAAGAAAAAUAAACUGAACAAGAUGAUCUGGAUAGUGAAAAGUAAUGUACAGACUUAGAUUUCAUGGUGUGGUAUACUAUAAACUCUUCAAAUUAUAUUCUUAAUACAACAAUAUUAAUAAUGUCACUGAAGCAACUAUGAAGAUAUGACAAACUCUUAUAAUCCCUUCUGAAAAACAAAGACAGCUCUAUAUUUUUCAAAUCUCAAAUGCAAAAGUAAAGAGAAGAUUCCUUUCAAUUUUGGAGGAUACAUGGGAGAGUCACCAUCUUUUAAGCCUGAAUAUUGUACAGUGUUUAGAUGCACUGUCUAUAAGAAAUAUCAAAAAUAUUGCUUUAUUUAAAUGAAGACUUGAUAUGGAUGGCAUUAUGAAUCAAGAGAAACAAGUGACUGUACAUUAUAUGAAAUGAGUAAAUCUGAUUUUUCAUCACAACCAAAGGAGCAUCCAGGAAGAUAUAAGGCAAAAAUAUGAAAUAAGAAACUUUAACACAUAGAAUUAGGUAUAAGAAAAUCAUCUUGUCAUCUGGUAGGGUGAAGAAAUAUUUAGACAUAAAUUUAUAAAAGUAUAAAUAUUUUUUCAAACUCAUUUUAUUUCAAGGAUAAAAAAAGAAAAAAAACUACAACAAAAUUUCAAAACAUCAUCAGAGAAAGGUAUAAAUAUUAAGGUGAUACAAAGGUACAAAAAGUUAACAGGAUUACUGUUAGGGAGAGAAUUUCGUUAAAAUUAACCUGCAGAGUACAAAUUAUACAAGAUAUUUUCAUUUUCUUUUCAUUUUCUACUAGAAAACAGAUUAUUGAAAAACUAUCUCAACACAAACAUGAACAUGUAAUACAUGCAGAAAUAAUUAUGGAAGGGCUUACACAGGAAAGGGAAAAAGUGAAGGCAUUAAAGACAGGAAAAUGGAAAUGAAUAUCAAUUAAAAUCAGUAAAAUUCAUCACAUUUGAAAGCACCUGGAGCUUAUCAGGAAAGGAAAUUGGAAUCACUGUCCCUGGUGGUGUGGUGUGGAGUGUACGUUAGAUUUUAAGUUGAGACCUCUGUGUUAACAAGCUCCUGAGCCUCAGUGGGGUUUUCUCUGAUCAGUUUCCAAGGCAGCAGGAAAACAAAGGUUUCUAGUGCAUCUACAUCACUAAGGAACUUGAAAACCCUGCUUCCCACCACUGCAGAAAGGCAAAUGAGAUGCUCCGUGGCCUCCACGGGCUCUCUCGGGUGGAAUCACCAGAGGCCGAACCUCGGACCUGGCAGGUGUAAUGGACACGCAAGCUCCUGGAUAACAGGGCACACUCAGAGGGCAAAAUGACCCCAGGAGAUGGCAUUUUCCUAACUCUGCAUUAUAACUCAAGCUGAGUGACAAAAGAACUCAGUUUAUACUUGAACACCCACACUCACGCUCUCAGUCUCUCCUCUGAGAUUCUCACCAUGUAGUCCUAGUUGACCUUGACUCAAGACAAUUAUUUUGAGUCAGCCUCCCAAGUGCUAGGAUGACAGGGAUGCUCCAACAUGCUUGGUGCUUUUUCUGCGCCUCUCCCACCACUGGCCCACUGCCUUACAGAUUCUACUAAAGCGGAAACCCACAAGGGUCUCCACAGCUUGCUGUUCUGUGGCAACACACACUGGGUGUGCAGGGGCCAGACUGAGGGGUGAACUGAAGCUCUCUACUUUAUCUUAGCUUUACCUGCUGCGGAGGCCAUUCCCACAGGCUUCUCCGAGAUGAGCAUAUAAGAGAGGUGUCCAGAGAGUGUGUGCAAUUCAGAGAACUCAGGUGGUUUCGUGGACUGCAGACUCCAGACACAUGGAACACAAACCAAAUGGUUGAGGUCAUUGCUACCCCUAGAGAGAUGUAAGUCAGUGCAAAGGAAAAAGAGCCCCAAGCCUGGGAAGUGACCCAGAGGUUGCAGGCAGAGGAGAUCAGCCUAAUAAGGAAGGAAGAGGCUGUGGGAAAACAAAAGGGUGAAGUAGAAAGCCAAGCACUUUCUCCAAGAGUACGGCAGAAGGAAUGAUUCCUCCAAUUAGCAUAAAAUAAACUAGGAAUGGAAGUGUUUUCUCUUCAGCGUUAUGUCUUGUGGUCAGAGCCUUGUGUCUGAUCACUGACAGUUUCUACCCUUUCCCUUGUCCUUGUGAACAAGCGAGACACUUGACCAGAGUGGUGCAGCUUUCUGCAGUACUAACACAAAUAAAGAAACAAUGAAAUCGAACCAAAACAAGUCCAAACCAGAAACUAAGACCCACAAUCUUGCUUCGUGCCUGUUUGUUAUCAAAAAUACGACAUGUAAUGUAUCCCAGUCCAGUUUCUUGGGAUAACCUGAUUAAUAUAGUACUCAGCAUGGGACACUACCAGAUAAAUCUCAUAGUCUGCAGAGAAGCACUGAUGAGUAAGUCGCCACUUUCUACAGCUGAUCUCAGCCCAAAAGGCUGAGAAGCGAUUGACUCUACACAUUCCGGUUGAGUCACUAAGGGAAAACGUACUGAUCAACCUACAGGCGUUCAAAAUAUAAUGUAUUGAAUAUACAUAAUCUAGCAAACAAAGCUAGGCCUUGCCUCCUUUAAAACUGAUAAAUACAAAUUAUAUUAAGCUGUGUCCAAGAAAAACUAUGUAACACACAUUAAAUAUUUCAUGGAACUUAGUGAGUAUGCUGCCCGGUAAACCCCUGGAUGUUGUCACUUGGUGUCCCGUCACUAACAGAGCAGGGACUCACUGCUGCUGUCUAGCAUCUUGAGCAAGUUUUGUACAACAAACCACUGGUGUGCAAAUAGUGCAAAAUUCCAAAUCAAAGUAAAUUUUUCACUGAGUACUUAUCACAUUUUCUUUUCUACUUCAGUGCUGGGCUGAACUCAGGGCCUUGCACAUAGUACACAGUUACUUUUGACAGGAGACACUGUUGGUCUGGGUCUCACUCCAUUGUCCAGCCUGGCCUUGCUAUUACAAUAAUCGUGCCUCAGUCUCCCACGUGGCCGAGAGGAAAGGUGGGCAGUGCCAUGCCUCACUGCAGUUUCAUUUAACCAAGCACACCAACCAUGGAUAUUAAUGUUGUACUAAAAUGCUAAAAACUAAAAUGUAAAGUUAAAAAAAUAGUUAUUAGCAAAACUAGUUAGUUAAAAAGAUAGUUAUUAGCAGAACUGUCAUUCUGUGCUAUGUUUAUUACCCUAGUAACCACGCAAUUGAAGCACCAACCACAUAGUUAUAGAUUAACUGACCCUGUUGUUGUCAUGCUGCUCUGUAUGCAUCAUACUCCCCCCCCAGUAACCUGUUUGCUAUGUCAGCCUUUGUUCCCUUUGAGAGAGACAAAUGAUGCUGUGUCAACCACUGUUCCCUUUGUGAGAGACAAAUGUUCCUGGAACUGGCAGACCAAGGGCUAUGAACUGGCUAACCACUCACUGUGAAAUGCCUCUGACCUCGAGCAAAGGGGAACAAAGGCCCACCUUGUUUCUGUUUCUCAUUGCUAUGAACUUAGUGGUCAAUGAGCUAAUCCUAAGUGAGCUAUAAAAAUCUGUCAAAAUUCUGUCUUUGCACAGCCUUGCAAACUGUAUCUGCACUAUGCCGCUGGUACCAGCUUAAAUAAAAGCGCUUCUUUUAAAAGA